GCAAAGGGCGGGGCGUCCGUUGCCAGAGAAGCCACAGGAGGUUACUAGCGCGGCUUUCGUCCCGCUUGCACCAGGGAGGGCACCCUUCCAAAGCAAGCAGUUCUAGGGAUUCGCCUGCUUGCCACCUCACCUUGCAGCUCACCUUUUGGCUUCCUUUCUAGCUUUUACCUGCGGCACUGCCCCCUGCGUCCCUCUCUCUCCUAGCCGACCCAGGGCCGGAGAGCACAGCUUGGCUGGCAAAGGUUUCUCCCAUGUAGAAGAGGCAACUAAGGCCCGCUGUGCUUGAGAGUUGUCCAUGUCAGGUGGUUCUAAGGACCAAGAACGGCUUUCACCUUAUGAAGAAAAGUUGUGGAAGCCACCUAUAAAUCCGUUUACCAAGUUUAUGGAGAAACCUGCAAUUGAUAGAAGUCAUUCAGAAGAAUUAUGUUCUCAUUUUACAAGUACACCAGAGGACGAACAUUUACCACAAGCUGCCAGUGAAAGUCAUCUCAGCUGUCUAAAGCAGGACAUCCUAAAUGAAAAGACUGACCUGGAAGCAACAUUUAAGGAAGCUGAGUUGGCAACCUGUUCUGUAGAAUUACUUUUGCCAUUAUUUAAGAAUACCAUUGAAGAUAUUAGUUUUGAAAAUGCUGAUCUUUUUGCCUCCAAUUUGAAGAAGAUCUCUGAACAGAAGGAAAUAUUAACAAAAGAAUUAGACACUUUUAAACGUGUAAAAAAAACUUUGGAACGUCUUCUUAGAAAGACAGAAUACCAACAAGUAGGGGACAGUUUAUCUAGCAUGUUAGAGAAACUAACUGAUAAUGAAAGUGAAAAUACUGCUCUUAAGAAGAAGGUACUUGAAAAGGAGACCUAUAUUCAAGAACUUUCUUGUUUGUUUCAGAAUGAAAAGGCAAAUGCUUUGAAAGCUAACCGUUUUUCACAAUCAGUAAAAGUGGUACAUGAACGACUGCAGCUCCAAAUUAAUAAAAAGGAAGCAGAGAAUGAUAAAUUAAAAGAACACAUAAAGAGCUUGGAAACCAAGAUAACUGAAUGGAACUUACAAAUGAAAAAGAAUAAGUAUGAAGCUGUAGCAAUGAAAGAAUCAAGUAAGCAAAAAACUAUAGCUCUGAAAAAGGCAUCUAAAAUUUACAGACAAAGGCUUAAAUACUUCACUGGAGACAUGGAAAACCUUACCUCCCAAAUUAGAGAUCAGGAAGCCAAGCUGUCUGAAACAAUUUCAGCUUCCAAUGCCUGGAAAAGUCAUUAUGAGAAAAUUGUAAUAGAGAAAACUGAAUUGGAAGUUCAGAUUGAAACAAUGCAAAAGCAAGUUACAAAUCUUUUGGAAGACCUGAAGAAAGUGGAAGACCUUGGAAAAAAUUCUUGUGAAGAAAUUCUUAGAAAACUUCACUCAAUUGAAUAUGAAAAUGAAACUCUGAAUCUUGAGAAUACAAAAUUAAAGACUACACUUGAGGCUUUGAAGGAUGAGGUGAUUUCUGUUGAAAAUGAACUUUUAGAAUUGCAAGAAGUAGAAAAACAACAGAAAACCCUUACUGAAGUAUAUAAAACUCAGAUACAAAAAUUACAAGAGGCAGCAGAAAUGGUGAAAACCAGAUGUGAAAAUUUGCUACAUGAAAAUAACCUAAUUACAAAAAACAAAAAUAAAAAAUUAGAGAAGGUUGAUGCAAAUCAUAAUCUUCUGAGAAAGCUUUCUCUGGAAGAGGAAAAUUAUCUUAUUCAGUUGAAGUGUGAAAACCUUAAACAAAAAUUAGAACAGAUGGAUGUGGAAAAUAAAGAGCUUGAAAAGAAGCUGGCAAACCAAGAAGAAUGUCUUAAGCAUAGCAAUCUUAAGUUUAAAGAGAAAUCUGCAGAAUAUACAGCAUUGGCCAGACAGCUGGAAGCUGCUUUAGAAGAAGGAAGACAAAAGGUUUCUGAAGAAAUAGAGAAAAUGUCAUCUAGAGAGAGGGCUUUACAGAUUAAAAUAUUAAAUCUGGAAACUGAGCUUAGAAAGAAAAAUGAAGAACAAAAUCAACUUGUUUGCAAAAUGAACAGUAGACUGGACUAUCUAAAUCCUCAAUUCCCAGCUUGCUUUUCAGCCAAAAGUUGUAUGAUUCUGACCAAUGAGAUGUAAGGGGAAGGUCACUGGUGCCACAUGGUCUCUUUCUGCUCCGGGAUCUGGAAGUGCUGUUGUCAUCACUGAGAGUGGCAGAGCUGAAGGCGAGAAGCAGCCUGGGUCCUUGAAGGUAUCCUUGACUACCAUACUAGCUGUAGACUGCCUACCCUGGGGCUUCUUGUGGCAUGAAAUAAAUAAGCCUCUUCUUAAUUAAAUCACCUUUCUCUGGGGUUUCUGUUACUCUUAGCCAUAUGCAUUACUAAUUGGCUUAGGGAAAAAAUUAAUUUGGCAAUAAACAUGACAGUGGUCUUUGCAGUCCAGAUUGUGGUAGCCAGUCUUUAUGGUGGCCCAUAACAAUUCCCAUCUCCUUCACACCCUCGUGUAGUUGCCUCCCACACUGUCCUGGGCUUGGUUUGUGUGACCCAUAAGCUGUGGCUUCUAACGCCCUGUGACAUAGUAAAAAUUAGAUAAAAACAUUUAACAGUAACUCUAAAGAAACUUAUAUUGAUUGUCUCUUUUAUGGAUUGUCACAUUUUUUUUUAAUGUGACAUGUUUUCUGGUCAAUUAUAAUAUAUACCCUAUAUUAGAAUGAGAAAAUUUCAAACAUUUUAAAAAUAAAUUUCUGAAAACCGCUUAUAUAAUAGUAUAUACCAGGUUCUUUUCUGUGCUCAUUAACUUCAUUAGCUCACUUUUUUUCUCCAAAUGACUUUUUGAGAUAUUAUUUCAUCCACUUGGCAUUUGGAGAAACUAAAGCAGAGAGGUUAAAAGUCCCACCCAAAGCUACACACCUAGGAGGUAGAAGAGCUGGGAUGUGAGCCUAAUUAGGCUGCUUCCAGCACUGGUAAUCCUCUCACCACCUGCAAUUCUACUAACCAAAGAAAACCAGCCUCGUUUCUAUAGGUAUGUGUAUACGUUGUUCAUAACAAGUCAGCUCCUGCUUUCAUCCACAGUUUCUUAGGUAUCAUUGUUCCUCUGAAUUUCGGGCAUAUCUGAAAAUGCUGAAUGUUAGCUGUGUUCUGCUGUGUAGCCAGCUCUAUCCAUCAGUGUCCACCAACAGAGCCAAAGUAGUACUCAAAAGCAGUUAUGAAUAUAUUGAAAGGAUUGAAGGACCAAAAAAGGGAAGGUGUGUUUACCUAAAGAGUAGCUGCUGUCUUGGGCACUACCAUGCCCAAGACAGGAGGAGCAGAAAGGCAGUUGCUCUUGUCCAGACCCCACAGAAUGUGUGCUCCCAAGGCUGCCAGAACCCAACUGCUGCCGAUUUAUAGGAAGCAGGGAGUUCUGCAGCAUUGCAAAUGUCACUAGGCAGACUUUAUUAUGACCUACAGUUCGGCAACACCGUGUGAGCCAUCAGGGUUCUGUUUCAAUCACAGUUCCUGAGAGGCUCACUUUAAAACAACUGUAUCGACCAUCCUAUACUUCCUUGGCUAUGUCCUUAGGACAGAACCUUUUCCAAGGUUCUUGGCUUGGAUGGAAAGAAAAUGAUUUUUAAAAUAAAUUUUUAAAAAUUCCUACCAAUGUUACAUGAGUCCAGGAAUCCUAUUGUCCAAACCAUGCUGCCUGCUGAGGGCUCAGCCUUGCCUGCUGCUGCCAUGUCUGUAGGAGCUACCUCCAGAAGGGCAGUUCUCCUCGUUCCCAGGUUCUGCCAGUGUCUUCCAUGGGCAGAUUCCCUCUGCGAGACAGCUGGAAAGGGAGUAUAGAAAAGACUGGAGUGUGCAGACUUCCAGCUCCCAUCCAUGGGGGAGAAAUGGAAGGGUAGAAAAGGAGUUGAAGGCUACUAGUCUUAAAAACAUUGACCUUCACCUUGGCAUGUUUUCCUUUCCUUAACACAUUUUUGUAUUGUUAAAUAUUCUACAAUUAAUGGCUGCAUCAUAUUCUCUGUUAAUUAUUACUGCUCUGGUUAAGUUUAUUUGUUGUCUUCCUUAGCCUUAAUUUUCCUCACUUUCUUUGAAAUCUUAGUUUCAAAAAAAAAGCUUAUUUUGUGUUUCUACCUUCCUCUCCUUUAGGUCUCCUAGUCUAUCAGUAUUUUGGUUGCCUCUACCAUCUCUAGCAAGGCAGGGUCUUAGUUGAUGGCUCAAGCUUCUGUCCCUUGGGAGGUGGAGAUAGAUUCAGUCAUUGGGCUGGUGAAAGAUAACACUGUCCUUGCUUCCAGCUUUCGUAAAUACCCCUGGCUGUGUCAUCCCACACAAGGCCAACCCUGGGCUGCCUGAGGCCUCAGCUACUGCAUAUUGCUGCAGGUUAUUUAUUACCUGCUUUUGAAUAUGACUCUGACUUUUCUUUAUAUAAAAACACCUAUCAUUGCUAUGCUUACAGUAGUGGGAGGAAUGUAAAGCAUGAACGCUUAGUAUCAUAGUAAUGACAAAUCUGUCUUAAUACAUUGAGUUGAUUUGCUUAGUUUUUUUUUUUUUAAGGUAAAUAAUCAUAUUACCCAAGCAUAACGAGAACUGGAACCACCAUUUAAUCGGUACUUAAUACAUGGUGGAUAUACUCUGCUGGGUGCUUUAUCUACGUGUUAGGACUUGGAAAUGGGCAAAAUUUUCAGUAGAGUGCUUAAGGUAGGGUGCUGGGCAUGUCCAGGAGACCCUCAGAUUAUCCCAUUGCAGAGAUGUGCACCUCUAAUUGACUCUUUGACUAGGUUAUUUUACAACUCUCCAAAGGUAGCUGUCAAAUUGUAAAAAAAAAAAAAAAAAAACAGCAAA